AUGGCUGUAAUUGCCAUAUACUAGUAGAACGCGCCAUGUGACGGUGAUCUUGGACCGAAAAAAUUCGUCGACCCGUUACCCGGAAUUUCUUCCCGAUUGGAAUAUUGAAAAAUUUUUCUUAGUUCUAAAUUGGUACUAACUCGAGCAGUUUGAAUCAAUAAUAACAGUAAUAUAAUACAAAAUGGUAUGUUAUAGAUAGUGAAAGGAGGACGACAGCGGAAAUGAGGUAUUGAAUUUUUUUCAAAAGUAGAGAAAAUUUUGUCGUCGGGGUGUUGGAAGACACAGAGGCCCAUACAUAGACAAGCAGUGGACAUAAAACUAACAAUUGGCAGGAUACUAAAACCCCAGUUACUUUAGCUAAAGUUAUUAAAGUCUUAGGUAGAACCGGAUCAAGAGGUGGUGUCACUCAGGUCAGAGUUGAAUUCUUGGAAGACGCUUCCAGAACCAUUGUCAGAAACGUCAAGGGACCAGUCAGAGAAAACGAUAUUUUGUGCUUGAUGGAAUCCGAAAGAGAAGCAAGAAGAUUACGUUAG